AUGGAAGGGAGAAAAGCAUCUGCUGCAGAAGCAUCGAUGAUGCUUGUUGACUUUCUGUGUAGACAUCCUUGCAUUGAUGACUGUUUGCCACUCGGCAUACUGCUCGCUGGGUGGGAGAAUGAAUUGGGACCUCAACUGUAUAAAGUGGACGCCAAGGGGAAACUGGGGGAACUGUCAGUAAUAAACUAUUACUUGCUAGUGGGUCUGCUUCAUUGGAUAGUGGGUCUGUUCCAUUUGAGGGUUUUUUUGCAUUGUGCCUUUCCAACAUGUUCGUUACUGCUACUCGUGCUACCGAGUUGGCCAGGGAUGCACUCUAUCAUGGUCUACGUGCAGCUCCUUGAAGUGGUGAAUGUUUCAGGGAUGAAUGGUGGUGAUGAUCUUAAGUAUCGAAAGGGAACAGCAUUAGGUUUUGUUUUCAAGGAUGAAGGGAUUAUAGUAUCCCUUGAUCAUUCAAACAAAUUAUAUCCAGAAAAUGACAGGCUACUUAAUUCGCAUCUGUUUGCCAUGUGUCGGCGUUUUGAACUCGAAGAAGGGAGAAGAGCUUCUGCUGCUGAGACAUCGAAGUGGCUGGCUGACCAUCUGGCUUGUAAUCCUUGCUCUGAUCCCCUCUUGUCUCUAGAUGGGCUAAUCACUGGGUGGGACAGCGAAUCGGGACCGGCCUUGUAUAAGGUGAAUGCUAAAGGGACACUGUUGAAUAGACCAUCAUUUGGCUCUGGAAAUGCUACACACGGAUGUUCUCAUUUUGUCAUUCACACUCAAAACAGUUUGCGCUCAAAGAUGGGUUCAGGUAAUUCAGCCUGUUAUAACUUGUCCGUGACUGAUGCGAUAAAGUUGGCCCGAGCUGCACUGUGUCAUGGUGCUUUAUUAGUUUCUUGUCAUGGGGAAUUUUGCAGUGUUUUCCACGUUGGAAGUGAUCGGGUUAAACAUGGAAUCGUGAGCGAGGGUAUAAGAGAAUGGCAAGAAAAGUACUUGAAUGAAGCUGUUGAGUUAGAAAAGCGUUUUUAUCACCAAUUUUCUUAA